AUGCAUCGGUCCACACGUCAGCCUCCUCGCCGCGCGCGGUGUACUGGUGGUACGGAAGAAUUGGCAGGCGCUAUCGAGCUACCUGUGUGGCCGGGCAGUCGAGAGUACACAAGGAAAGCCGCUCGGCGGCGCUCCCAGUGCGAUCUCGCCAGGAGGAUCGCCUCUACGAUCAUACGUAGAGGCGAAAACGUGUUUAAGCGAAUGAGGACUCGCCGCCGACCCCGAGACCAUGAAGAGAUCGCAAUAAUGUUGGUAGGUCCUCACGACAACGAUCCUUUUGGGAGACCGGGUUUCCAAUACGGCACGGAACAAGCUGAGACCAGAUACGGUCCCCCAGUAUGCCGAGACCCUCGAGCCGUACGCUGCUGUAUCUGGGGAUGUACAGUCCCUGUUUCCCCGCAGGGAAAAGGUUCACCCCUCCGACAAUGA